ACAGUUUUCCAUCAUCCUCCAAACUGUUCGGACGUAGCUUUUCCUCCAAAAGUUUUCCGAGAAGUGUUUUCUUUUGGUGUCAAAGCGCGCGUUUUUUGGCGGUGAAUUCUCAUUCAUUGUGUGUAAGGGGAGAAAAUGUUGUUUGCUUGUGAAAUGGGAAAAUUAGAAAGUGCGGUUUCCUUUUGAGAAUACCUCUUUGGUGUUUUCCCUCUGGAGAAGCCACAAAGAGAGAGAGUGUGGCAAAAGGAGCAAAAGCAACAAGUUCGUUGUGCGUUACAUAUUUUUGUGUGGGGAAAAAGAAAAGUCGGUUGGAGAGUUUAGACGAGAGGGAGAGAGAGGGUGGGUGGAAAAACACAACAAAGAGGCAAAUUGCUUAAUUGGCUUUUUGGAGGGAAAAUUGUGUGUGAGCGCACUUGAACACAGUGAGGGGGUGAUCACCCUGUGCUGGAGGAAAAUCCCUCGCGGGGGUAGCCAAUAUGAAUGGGAUUACGUUGAUUGUUGUCAUCAAUUUGGUGCUCCUUCCGCCUUCCGAAUUCGUGGAAAUUGGAGAGCAUCAGUUGGAUGAGCUUCAAGCGCUGGAGAAUAGUGAUGAUUUUCUCAGUGUCAUCACACGUCAGGAUUCCGAUGAUGAGCUACUCAACUUCCCAAUGAAUCCCGCCAGAAAACCCACAUUUAGCUCAACGAAAGCCGCCAGGAGAGCGAGAAAAAAGCCCGCACGACCGGCGGAGGAUGUCGGAAGUGUGAGCAUGGGGGAGGUUGUGGGGCCAAAGAGGCGGCACAAGGCAAAGAGACGCCGCAAAGGGGAUGUUGGGAAGAAUCCGGAAAGGGAGAAGGAGAUGCAGAGGUUGCAGGAAGAGGCACAUCUUAUGGAGGUGGCGGAAAAAGAGCGUCUGCUUGAGGUACGGCAGAGACGUCGCGAGGAGAAGAUGCGAAUGCGGGAAGAGCGAAAAGCUCUUCGGGCGGAAAAGCUGCGGCAGAAAAUGCUCCAAGCAACAGACAUCGACGCCGGGCAGUGGCUCCGUGGAGAUUUAUCGUGCAUGCGGAGGACCUUCGUGCCAGCACCGAGGGUGGAAAAUGCCGAUGUGAAGUAUAUAAAAAAUGACGCUCUUGGCGCUGAAAAUGCCUACCUGGAGGCACAAUACCACUGCAGGGAUGGCUUUGAAAUGCACCUGGAAGCAAAUGCAUCCACGCGAAUUUUCUGCCGUCACAGAUCGUGGGUGGGACAACGACCUAAAUGCCUACGCAUUGAGACCACAGUGCUAGUGAAGCGUAUUGAGAAGACGUGCGACCAAAAGGAAUGUGAUCAGUUGUGCUUUGUGGAGGACAAUGGCAAUGAGACGUGCUCCUGCUUCCGCGGCUUCCGAAUGAUCGACGGGGUGUGCCUGGACGUGAAUGAGUGCACCGAGAGUGAGUCACCAUGUGAAUUCGAGUGCCACAACACGGCAGGUUCAUUUCGAUGCAAAUGCCCCAAAGGACUUCGGUUGGAAGGGAACACCUGCGUGGAUGUAAAUGAAUGCCUCCUUCGGAAUGGUCAUGGCCCAUGUCAGGACUUUUGUCACAAUACUCAUGGAUCGUGGUUCUGCAGUUGUCGUCCUGAAGCAAAAUUAGCUGAAGAUGGGCAAAGUUGUGAAUUUUUAGAUCAAUGCACAAUUAAUAAUGGAAAUUGUUCCCACACCUGCCACUCUCUGAUGGGAACGGCUUUCUGUGACUGCCCUGAUGGUUGGAAGCUUGGAGAUGAUGCCAAAAAUUGCCAGGAUAUCAAUGAAUGCGAUGAAACGGAAGGAGAGGGAAGAGUUUGUGCAUAUGAGUGCGUGAAUACCAUCGGAAGUUAUCAGUGUGUGGAAAAUUUAAACAGCAAUGAACCUCCGGAAGAUACCCAAAUCCUCAUGACAACCUGCCCAGUGGGAUUCACGUUCAAUUCAGCCACGAGAGAGUGUGAAGACGUUGACGAAUGUCGUGAGGACAAUGGGGGGUGUCAUCAAAAAUGCACCAACACCAUGGGGAGCUUUUACUGCUCGUGUCAGCCCAACUUUAUUUUUGCCGACGACAAAAUCACGUGCAGAGCACUCGAAGUGGGUAGCAGUGCCACCCUCGGCGUCUCUUGUCCGCCCCUCUUUCCACCACGACACGGCUACCUAGAGUGCAGUCGCUCUGGGGAUGGGAGAAGCGACACGGAGGAUGUUCAGGAGACGACACGAGUUACAAAUUCCCCCGGAAGCGUCUGCAUUCUACGCUGUCCAGGUGGAUUUCGGGUCUCCGGGAGAUUUUCCGUGGAAUGCAAUGAUCAGGGUAGCUGGAGCGGGGACCAGGAUGGCGUGUGCAUCAAAUAUCCAGCACCACAUCUCAUCUGUCCACCUGAUAUGCUGGUGGAAGUUCCUCCAGGGGAUGAUGCAGCCACAGUUGAGGUAACUCCGAGAACAGACACAUCUGUUGUGGAGAGCCUUCCCGGCUGGGUGCUGGCACAGAGCGGGAAAUUGCGCCUUCACGUUGGUACCAUCAACAUCACGUACAUCGCUAGGCAUCCCAUAUCGCGCAUUUCCGUCUCCUGCAGUUUUUCCGUCACUGUUCUCGACGGACAACCACCCUCUGUGACAUCCUGUCCAGCAGCACAGAGGCACAUGCUGGACGACAACUCGAGCAGCAUCCCCGUUACAUGGUCAGAACCAUCUUUCGCGGACAACGUCAACGUGUCAGAUGUCACGAGAACAAAUAUUCCUGGAAAUUUCUUCGGCGUUGGCAGCCAUUUGGUGACCUACACAGCUCACGAUAAAGCAGGUUGGAGCACAAAAUGCAGCUUCAAAAUUGUCAUUGUGAGCUCAAUGAGGCGCCUCCAGCAGCAAUUUGUACGCUCGCAACUCCCCAAGUACCACGAACUGUACUGAGAAAAGUGAGUGUGCGAUAGUUUGUUCAAACCUAUGUGAUAGAUUAAAAUCUCCAUCUCAUCCUCCCUCCCCCAUGCGCGCCAUUUCUUCAUGCAAAACAUGUACAAAAAAAAGAAUAAGAAAGAAAAAAACAAUGCUGUAUCAUUCAUUAGUAACUUUUAUUCACAAAUUCAUAUCCCUUCUUUCACAGAGAGAGAAAAUAAAUGAAGAAAAAAAUGAAGAAAAGAAGAAAUUUUCAACUCCAAUAAGAUGAAAAAAAAAUGAGUAUUUUGCUCUUUUUUUUAGUUUCUUUUUUCUUCCUCCCCAAAUUAGAGAUAAAAGAAAUUUAACUACUAAAAUAAAUGAUAGAAAUAUAGAUUAAUUAGAUAAGGUAUGAUGUGGCACCUGCUGCAAAAGAAGAACUCGUGAGUUAAGGAUAUAUUCGUAUAUAUAGUAAUAAAAACAUGGCUAAGAGUGUGCGCGUAAUUGCCAAAAAAAAAGAUAAAUUCAUUGUAAAAUGCAAUAUCAAUGAGAACUCAUUGCGGAGGUAGAUAUUUUUGCCAGCAGAAGCUUUAUCUCAAGAAUAUUUGCCCCUCAAUUCCAUCUUCCAUGCUGGAAAUGGGUGUGAGGAAAAGCCCAGCGAUGGUAGUGCCGGAAAGGACCUAAAAGAAAAACAAAGAAAAUGUGAAAAAUCCAUUUAAAUACUUCCAAGAAAUCUAUUAAUAAUUCAGCAAAAUAAAUCAGAAAUGUUCUUUUUUUUAUUUCGUACAGUAAAGUGGGGUGAAUAGGAGCAAAACAGGGUUGAUUUAUUGCAAAUUUUGAGGAAGAACUUGAAAUUGAGAUGGAGGCGCCUGGUAAUUACUGACGCGUCCACUAAACAUAAAAAUUAGCUUGAAAUGGUUGGCUAAAAAUCAGCUAAAAUUCAGGAUAAGAAACACCUGGUUCUACCUGGCGCCUCCACUGUAGUUCUAAAUUAGCUCGCAGAAUCCAAAUAGAAGAGCCAAGAACAACCAGGCGCCUCCAUUUGGCUUAAAAAUGAAAUUGACAAAGUGAUGAAGACGUUUAGUUUUCAAUUUUGAAUACAAAUUAGCUGUUGGAUUAAGAUGGAGGCGCCUAGUUCUUCUCAGCGUUCUCAAAUUUAGUUCUAAAGCAGUUCUAAAUUAAACCAGAUUACCCGGCGUUUCCACUACAAUUCAAAAUUUUCUCAAAAUUCAUAUGGAAACGCCUAAUUUUCAGUUUAAGGUGAAAAUUAGCAUGAAAUUGCAGGUAUGCUAAGCUCUAGUAUCACCAGGCGCCUCCAUAUUAUUUAAAAAUAAGUUCUAAAUCAAUAUGGAGACGACUAUUGCUCAAUUUUUUAUUCUAAAUUGAUGAAAGAGCAUUUGAAUUUACCCGGCCCCUUAAUUUGAGCUAAAACUGAACUCUAGAUCAAGAUUGAGUGGCGCUUAGUACUCAAUUUCAGUUCUAAAUCUGUACUAAAUUGAAGUGGAAGCGCCUGAGUUCUACCCGGCGCCUUCAAUUGAGCUAAAACUGAGCUUUAACUCAAGAUGAAGACUUUUGGUUCUAAAUUUUUGUUCUAAAUCUGUUCUAAAUUCAAUUCGAAGCCCCCAAUUCUUCCGGAUGCCUUCUUUUUAAUCAAAUUCAGUGCUAAUUUAAACCUUCAGAAUAAAUAGGUAUUUUAUUUUACUAAUUAAAUUAAAUUUUAAAUUUAUUUUGAAACUGAUUAAAAGUAUUUUUAGCUUAUUAAAUAAAACAUAUCACAAUAAUUCAUUAAUUUUUAAUGAAUUCCAAUAACUUAAUUUAUUUAAAGAAAAAAAAUUUUUCUCUUGAAUUUCUGCCAAAUAGCACAAAUCGUUUGGCCUCCCAAAAAUACAUUUUAGCUACUUAUUUAUUAACCCCUUUUGCAUGCAAAACUUUCAUUUUUUAUGAUCUCUGCAAAACGGUGCAAGAAAAAAGGUGCAGGCAAUGAGUUUCACAUCAUCCCCGCGCAAAAAAAGGAAGAAAUUGUUUAAGAAAUUCUCAUCUUGCUUGAUAAAUUGGUCCAUUUUUUGUACUUCCGCGCAUGCAAAAGUUUCACAAACUUUCCCUCCGCUUUGAGGGGCAGGGAGACUACCCUCAGACACGCUCUUGCUGGGCUUACAACUUGCUAAACAAUUGAUAUUCAGCGAGUGUCGGUGCAUUUGUUGAAUUUUUUUUAUUCACAAAACUCGCUUCUUGUGCUGUGGGAAGAGGGGGGGAGCAUUUUCACCCCGCGCGUACCCUCGUUGAACUUUUUCAUCAUCACAUGAAAGUUGGCAGGCGAUUAAGUAAUUAAAAUUUAAGAUCUUCGGUAAUUGUGCAAAAAUGCAGAUUUUUCACUUUACCCACGAACUUUCUGGGAAAGUGUUUUGCAUUUCCCUCUCCCCUCCCCCCUCUUUCCAUGCAGCUUUUCCUUUUUUCUUCUCAAUUUUUUUUUCUUUUGAAUCGUGGAGUGAAAGUUCCCACGCUCUUUGGGGCCGGGGUUGGGUGGAUUCGAUUAAAAAGGGGUUGUGGGUGGAGGGGAGAAUGUGCACCAAUCGCUGCUAAAGCUUCUCCUAAAAGGACAAUAAACUAUUAAGAGGAGAGAAGAAAAAGCUUUCCCGGAAAACUUACAGAAAUUCUUUGGGGAAUCUAAAGUGGAGUUUUCUGCCUCCGAAUGAGUUUUGAAAGGAAUUUUUAUGUUCAAAGAGUGGGAAUAAUUGUGGAGAAAUUCUUGUUUUUCAAUAGUUCCAAAAGGGGGUUGUCAUUGAGGCUAUUAACGUACCAAGAUUGCAAUUUGUUUAAGAAUAUUUUAAGAAAGAAAAUUUAAAAUGAUUUUUAAGGGAAAUAAGGAAUUUUUAACUUUCUUCUUUAAGAGAAUCGACUCCAAAAUUUUGAAAUUCCCACCAAAAUUUCACCGUUGAAAGCUCUGAAAAUUCAGUUAAUUUUUGAAAUUUAACCGACAACCCCCUGGCUAUAAUUUAUGUGCGUGAAAGAAGGGUGUGACCCAUUUAAUGUAAAAUUGUCUAGAAGGAAAAUAAAGACACCUUUUUGGAUAAAAGAAA